AUACAUUCUGUAGAGCUGAAAAUGGAUUGUACGCAGAUACAGUCAAAACCAAAAAAAAAAAGUCGAUUAUAAAUUACGUGGUGUUAAAAAUAGAGAUUGCAAUUUUUAGCAACCCUUUACAUCAAUUGAUCAAGACGUAUAAGAUGGACGACGUCGACAAUCAAUCAUUUAGUUUGAUACUACGAGUGAUCGAUAAUGAUUUGAGUAAGAGUAAUGAUUCUCAUUUCGAAGUGUUGAUCAAUACCACAUUAUCCGAUACUAUAGCAGAAGUAAAGGCAAAAGUACGGAGUGGAUACAUCAUAUUAGAUUAUCAACAGGAGGAAGUGGCCUAUAAGGGAUUCAUCUUAAGUGAUUCACAAACUUUAGGAGAAGUAUUGCAAGGUGAUGAUUUAUCACAGGAAUUACAAGAAGAGAAUUUCAUUGUCUAUAUCAAUAAUAAACCAGACUUUGAAUCUGGUAAGGAUGAUAUCAUAUCCUUAGAUGAUGAAUCAUCAAUUGAGUAUCAAUUUGAAGUUAGUAAUGAUUCAGAUAAGACUACUAUGGUACUAUCAGAUCAGGAUUGUAUCAUUGUGGAAAAUGAUGUUCAAUCGUAUGUCUUGAUAAGUAAGUCAGGUACUUCUAAAUUAAAUCAUACUUUAUCAACUUUAAAAAAUACAAAGAUUGAAAAGAUAAGUGUUCAAUAUGUGAAUAAGGAUGUGUCAGACACCAAUAAUUAUGAAGAAGCUAUCCCACCUGCUAAUGAUCCAAAUCCAAAUCCACAUCCAAAUGCAGACAAUGAACAUGAAAAUGAUGUCCCAGUUCAAGAAAUUUUAAUGAAUAUAGGUCGACAAUUAGGAAACACAAUUCAAGAAGUGGUUACUCUUCUAUUUAAAGGAUUUGUCAUUUUACAAAUCUUAGGGAUUGGUAUACCUCAAUAUUUCCUAACCAAUUGGUAUCAAUAUUUAGCUUAUGCUAUCUUAGCUCAUUUAUUGUAUUCAAUUCUUAUAGCUCCUAAUGGGAUUCAACGAUUAAAUCUUCAAAACAAUAAUAAUCAAUUCAUUGCUAUUCCACGUGAAUUCUAUAAUGUGGUGAAAAGAAAUUUAGAUGAAAUACGAGAUGAAUUGAUUCGUACUUCAGUUAGAAGAACUAGAGAUUAUCAAUAUGUAUUAGAACAUAAGAAUAUUAUCAUUGAUAAUAUGGAGAAUAUAUGUAAGGAUAUCUUAAUGUAUUUCCUUUCGAUUGUACCAUCAUUUCAAGAGAAAUUAGAAAUUGAAAUCAAUAGUUGGAAGAAUACUGAAAUUGAAGAAUUAGAACUUAAAGUUAAAUUAUAUGCUGAUUUAAUUAAUAGUUUAGUUGAAGGUUAUAAUUCAAUUUUUAUACCUGAUUUUGAAUAUGAGCAAGAUAUUUCAUUACGAAGAUUGGAAACUGAUAUGAAUAAGAUUAAUCAUUUGAUAGAAUUAGAAGAUGAUGGUGGUAAGAUCCAUAAGAAGGAAGAAAAAUUCAAAUAUUUGAUUGAAUUUUAUCGAUUAUUACAGCAGGUUUAUCCUAUAUUGAAUAAAGCAGUGAUUAAUAAAGUGCCUUAUAAGGAUGGUAAAAGAAAGACUGAUAUUAAGGAUGAGAAAGAGACCCAUGUUGAGAAUGUGGAGGAGCCUGUUAUUGAUGAAUCUAUUGACGAGAAGAAGGUUGAUAAUGUGAUUGACGAACAAGAAGAUGAGGUUAUUGAAGUAAUCUUCGAAACUGAAGGUGAAUCAUCAUCUUCAGGGGUUCAAAUAUUACAUGAAGUAGAUAACGAAGAUAUCGUAUCGUAAUAGGAGCCCUAGCUCUAGUUCAAUUCCGCUUGAUAUGGGAGACGGGAGACGAUAACCAAAUCUAUAUAUAGCAAGAGACUUAUAUAAAUGAAUUAUACGGUAGUAAGUAAAUAGAUAAGGCGGCCAGAGAAGGAAGCAUAAAAAUGCACGGCACAUAAAUAAAUAAAUCCUGUCUAUGUAGUAGCGAUAAUAAUCCAUACUACAUGAUAUAAUUAUAUUAUACAACAUUGAACAGAUCAAAACUCAUAGUUA